AUUCAGAGGAAGAGAUUUUUGUACGUAAAAAGGCAAAAGGCAAGAAGGUGCUUCAGGACAGUGAGAGUGAAGAUGGAGAGGAUGAUGGCUCCUUUGUGCAGAACGAUGCUCUGGGUGGAGACAAGGAAAAUGAAGAGGAAAAAGAGAACAUUACUGCCCAGAGAAAUAAGAAAUCCCAUCGGAUUCGCCUGGGUCUGUUAGACAGCGACGACAGCGACACUGGGGACCGACUGCAGAUUGAAAACCUUGAAACAAAGAGAAAGGCUGGCUUGUCUGAGAAUGAGUUGGAAGAGGAGAGACCCCUAAAAUCGGGGAAGAAGUUCAGGAAACAUAAAGAGCAUAAUGGUGAUUCUGAAGAAGAGACAGCAAAAAGAGCUGUAGGAAAAUCCAGAAGAAGGAAGGAGAAGGAGAGAAGAAUUGAGUUGCUUAAAAGACUGAAGAAGGAAAAGAAGCCUCCAGCAGAGAUCCUUUAUUCUUAUGGCAAACAGGUUGAUGGUGGCACGAGGUAUCCCUUUAAUGACAGUGGAUGUCUUCUGGAUGACAAAGAGCUCUUUGAUAAUGGCUUAGAAGAGGAAAACGAUGACACCCCAGAGGAUGGGGAGUCGAUCGAAUCAAUACGAGCGGCAGUGAAAAACAAAGUAAAGAAAUAUAAGAACAAAGAGCGCUUUUCUGAGGGGGAAGGCUACAGACACGUGUUUGAUGAUGAGAAUGACGAGCCUGGAUUAAGAGAACCAAAAAGGAAGGAGCGGAAAGCAGCCAGGUUAAGUAAAGAAGCCAUUAAACAGCUACAUAGUGAGACCCAGCGACUUAUUAGAGAGUCGUCUGUGUCUCUCCCGUACCACGUCCCCGAGACCAAAACCAUUCACGACUUCUACAAGCGGAGACCUCGACCGCUGUGCCAAGGAAACGCCAUGGCCUUGCUCAAGUCCACCAAAUACCAGCUGUCCCUAGAAGAAGACUCUGCAGACACGAAGAGCUCGAGCACGGGUUGCAAAGACGGGCGCACUGAGGGCGAUGGAUCAGCAGUUAACGAAGCAGCAACGAGCCUUGGCAGAGAGGUUGGUGCUGCUGCGAACAAACCUGCUGAUGUGGGGAAGAACGUGACAGAAAACUGUGCUGAAGAGCCCAGUGGUGAUGCUCACACAGCUCAGACUGAUACAACGGAGACUAAUGCGAAACAGCAGCGUGCGGACCCCCUAAGCACUGCUUGUAGUGAACAAAAGGAGAAGGAAGCUCCUCCAGCAAGUGGAGGAGAUGCCCUUGAGCAAAGAGAUGAGACAGCACCAGGCUUAGAUGGUGAAAAAAGCAACCAACAAGGGCCUGGGCUGGGGGCACAGCCUGAAAAAGCGAAGAAGUCCAAGCUGGAUAAACUGCGUGAGCUGGGAGUGGACUUGUCCAUCACACCACGGAUCUGCUCCAGCAACGAAUCCUUCAUAAACCUCGAUGAAUCUGAUUCCAAUAAAGAACUGGAAGCCCUGAAAGCACGUUUCUUGAAGCACACUCUCAAAGCGUCCAAACCCAAAGCUGAACGGAGCAUAAGCAUGAGCAUUAUUCGUAAGGAGACGACCUCUGAAGGGAAGGAGGAGCUGCGAGCGGACGUGGUACCAGUGGUGCUGGCUGCUGAGAGCCUGGAGGAAGCGGUGCACACCAAGCCAGGUGAAAAGCUGCAGAUGCUGAAGGCGAAGCUCCAGGAGGCCAUGAAGCUGCGCAGGACCGAGGAGCGCCAGAAGCGGCAAGCGUUGUUCAAGCUGGAUAACGAGGAGGUGCUGGAGGAGGAGGAGGAGGAGGAAGAGAUGACAGAUGAGUCUGAGGAAGAGGAGGAGGAAGGAGAAGAAGAAGGAGAAGAGGAAGAAGAAGAAGAAGGCAGUGAUGAGGCAGAGGAAGAUAACGAAGAUACAGAGGAGAAACACCUUGAAGAUGGCGAUAAAGAAAUGGACAAAGAAUCGAUUGAUGGAGAAAAGCUGGAGAAAUCCGUGCACUGUGAUUCUGUUCCCAAACCACCUUCAACAGAGUCGACGUUGAUGCUUUUUAAGGACAGCUCCUCCAAAAUGGGAUAUUCUCUUCCUGAUGAGAAACCUGAAAUGGAAGAAGCAGCAGACAAAGGCCCUACCAAGUUAGACGAUGAUGAUUCGUUUUCUCUCCCAACGCUGGCCAAAGAGAACAGCCACAACAGCAGCUUCGAGCUGAUCGGCUCCAUGAUCCCCUCCUAUCAGCCCUGCAACAAGCAGAUGUCGCGCGGGGGCAACUUCUUGUCCGCAGCCGGGGGGUUCAGGUCGCCUUCCCCAGGCUUUUUCAAAACCAGCUUUCUCAGCUCUGCUUCCAAGAGCUCGGGAAAGACGUCUGAGCCCUCCCUCCCCAUAGAGGAUUCCCAGGACCUGUACAACGCCUCUCCUGAGCCCAAGAGUUUAUUUCCCAGCACUGGGGAGUCACAAUUUCAGUUUUCUCUGGAAGACGACACUCAGAGCCAGCUGCUUGAUGCAGAUGGGUUCUUGAAUGUUGGGCAGCACAGGAGCAAAUACCAGUCCUCGAAGCAUCAGCUGCCUCUGGCCAGCAUGGACGAGAAUGCCAUGGAUGCCAACAUGGACGAGUUGCUGGACCUGUGUUCUGGGCAGUUCAGCGGCCGAGCCGAACAUGCGUCAAACAGCAGCAGCAACAAAAAGCAGAACAUGGAAGAACUGCUCAAUCUGUGCUCAGGAAAGUUCGUGUCCCAGAGCUCUCCAACGUGGGCGUCUUCAGUGUCUUCCAAGGCAGAAAAAGACAGCGACAUCGAGGAUCCAAUGGCAGAAGCUCUGGCACUUUGCUCAGGCUCCUUUCCCACGGACAGGGAAGAGGAAGAUGAGGAGGAGCAAGAAGAAUUUGGUGAUUUUCGGCUUUUAACAGAUGACAACGCCUUUGACAGCGAAGAGGAUGAAAAAAGUGGAGACGAUGAUCCUGAAGAAGCAGAAGCAAGCGAUGAAGAAGAGGAACUGCUGAGGCACAGGCAGGGCUUGAAGAAGAAGCUAAAACUGCAGGAUUUCAUGGAGGAUGAGGCAGAGCUGUCAGGGAGCGACGUGGGAAGCGACGAUGAAUACGACAGCGAAGACCUGAACGAAUACGAGGAAGAGAUUAUUGAUGAGGAACUCCCCAACGAAGUGGAACUGGAAAAUCAGAUACAGAAAUUUCACAUGAAGGCGAUGCUUGACGAUGACAAGCGGCAGCUGCGCCUGUACCAGGAGCGGUACCUGGCGGAUGGGGACCUGCACAGCGAUGGCCCUGGCAGGACCAGGAGGUUCCGGUGGAAAAACAUAGAUUAUGCUUCGCAGGUCGACUUGUUUCAGAAGGAUUCGGAUAACGAUGAUGAGGAUGAGCAGUUUGAUGAGACGGAAGCGAACUGGAGGAAAGAGCGAUUUGAACGAGAGCGGUGGCUCCGUGAGCAGAAGGAAAAAACCAAAGAGCAGGAGGAGGAGGAGGAGAUUGGUGAGGACAGCCAGUUCAUGAAACUCGCUAAAAAAGUAACUGCCAAGUCCCUGCAGAAGAAAGCAAACCCCGCGGUAGCGGUUCCAGACACGACCCUGCUGCCCAGGAACCCCUUUGAGGCCUUCAGACCCGCUGGUGACGUCCAGAUAAAAAAUGGGUCUCUCCUGAACAGACCUAAAGCCGUCCUCGAGAAACUCGCAGCCAUGUCGGAUCUUAACCCCAACGCGCCUCGAAACUCAAGGAAUUUUGUCUUCCAUACGCUUUCCCCAGACAAGAACGAAGAGGCAAAGGAGAAAUCAAAACUCCAGGUGAAGAAGAGGGGUCCCACCGCCGUGAUCACGUCCCAGGCCAAACGGCCCAGGGCAGAAAGCGCAGAGGAAACCCCUCGAAGCCGAAGCAUUUUCCAGUACCUGGAGAGCUGA